CUCCCACACAACCUAAAGUCUCGGAGCAAAAGCCACGGCCGCCCUUGUAUGUCACCCAAUCCCGUGCAGUCGGUUCCUUGCCCCAUGCCCUCCCUGCACCAGCCUUUUGCAGAGUGCGGGUUUUGCCGUGUGCCUUUUUUCUAUCUUUCUUACGGUCUUGCAUUCUCGCAUUGCACUGCAAUUUCCCACACCCCCCCCUUUUCCCUUGCCUGGUUUGGUGGAAGAUCGCCGGGUGGCAUUUUCUCCGUCCACACACAGCACAGCGUAACGUGUAACCCACGCCGCACAAAGCAUUUACUUGUCCCUUCCCUCUGGUUCAGAUCAAACAAAAACCCCCCCAACCGGGCAUCCAAUCGGCCGUCACCCACCCGCGUCCUUUUUUUCUUUUCUUUUUUUUCUUUUUUUCUUUUUUUUCCUUUUGCCUGUUCUUGUCUCACACCCCUCCCCCCCUCCCAGAACAAAAGUGUCCCAGAUCUCCCCGGUGCCGUCAAUUUCCAAGCCUCCGGGAACGGGCUGCGCUUCCCGACCCAAACCACCGGAUCCCGGCCCCAGUCCCUUGUUUUAGCCUACCCGAGUCGCUGGGACGCCUCUGAGCGGGCGGAUUUCUUGUGAGCGAAGAAGGAGGCUGGUCUGUGAGUUGGCCUAGGUGUUUUCCUGUCUGGUCUUUGACAUUGGGGACCUGGACUCGGUUAUAGAGUGCGGGCUAGGGCGCUGGCUCUCGCCAUCUCAUCUCGCACGCGCCAUAACGCACCACGCAGACACUAAUAACAUUGCGCAGCAACACGCAACUUACACACCACGAACAGUUCCCAACCAUGCGGUCCUAGCCAAAGCCGAUAGAAGGGCUAAAAGGGAAGAAGGAGAGAGAGAAAGAGAGAGAGAAAGAGAGAGAGAAAGAGAGAGAGAGACACACACCCUCUAAUUCAAU